AUCUCUUUGUUAAAGUACACACGGCCAAAACUCCGGACAUGAUCAAGUGCGCGAUUGACGCAUGAAUCUACUGACAGUUCUGCUCCUUGGUGUACUCCAAAUGUUAUUUUCAACGGAUAUAAUUUAUAACAUCUUGCAAAUUCCGCAAGCGUUAUCUCGAGGAAUGUAAUUGUGGGAACCAAACUUAAUAUUGAUCCUCAAGAUGAUUCCAUCCGAUUGUAUUCUGGAUAUAUCCAACGUAUUUCAUUCCACUUCCGUAGUAAUCGAAGGAAGUUGUGUUAAUAAAUCCGAGCCUACCGCAGUACUCAGAGAUGUAUCAGCUCGUGUUCACGGUGGGGAAGUCUUAGCUAUUCUAGGAUCGAAGGGUUCCGGCAAGCGAGCUCUUCUCGAUGUUAUCGCCGGAAGGGCAGAGGGGGAGACAAGAGGAAGGAUUACUCUAAACGGUAACCUGUUGACACCGGAGCUAUUCCGACGUCAUGGCGGCUACGUGGCCCACAGGUGUCAUAUACUGCCGAGUCUGACGGUACGUCAAACCUUGACGUAUGCCACGUGGCUCAGCAAUCUGAGCAAUCGCGAGGCCCGGGUGCGACAGACCCUUGCCGAUUUGGCGUUGUCGCAAGUUGCUAACAGGUCGGUGAAUGAUCUCACCAGACCGGAGUAUCGACGGCUGAUGCUGGGAAUGCAAUUGGCUAAGGACCCAUCCCUGCUGCUGCUGGACGAGCCGACCUGGGACACGGAUCCGCUCAACACGUACCUCAUCGUCUCGAUGCUAUGGUCCUACGCCACCAGACGCGGCUCCAUUGUCGUCCUCACUAUGGAGACACCUAGAUCCGACGUGCUGCCGUUCGUCAGUCGUGUAACGCUGUUAUGUCUGGGCGCGGUCGUCUAUUCAGGACCUACCAGGAGUAUGCUGGAUUACUUCACUUACAUCGGCUUUCCGUGUCCGGAAUUGGAGAAUCCCCUGAUGUAUUAUCUCUGCUUGUCGACCGUUGAUCGCCGCUCCAGAGAUCGCUUCUUAGAGUCGAAUCAACAAAUCUCGGUCUUGGUCGAGAAAUUCAAGGUGGACGGAGUGCUUUACAUGAAGGAAGCGCCGCAGAUAUCGCAUACCAUGAAAGAUGCGGCUCUCGGCAUCAUGCACAAGGGUCUAGGGCGAGGAAUUAAACCUGGAUGCUUCUCGACUCUUUUGGCAUUAUAUUUACGAAGUAUGGCGGCUACGUUCUCCUUGAAUAAAACCGGCCUAGGACACUUCGCCGCUCGCCUGCUGUUGCUGCCGUUUCUGGUUGCCCUAAUGAGCGUACUGUAUUCACAUUCGAGUCCCGUACAGUCAAGGAUAUUUUUACAGACUGGCGGUUUGAUCUUCAAUGUCUUGACGAUAUUUUACGCAGCCGGAAUAACCGUGACGUCGCUUUUAUUUCCAGGUUUCCGUGCGAGAUAUUAUCAAGAAAAGCGAGAGGGUCUUUACGGUGGCGCAAUGUUUCUGACUGCGUAUACUUUGCUGAGUCUUCCACUGAGCUUCAUAUCAACUUUGAUAACGAUCGGAAUUCUGGUUCCGAUUCUCGAGCUAGACCUGUCCUCUUGGGCGUACGCUUCCGGCAUUCUGUGGUCCAGUUACGUGGUGGCUGAACAAGUGACGGUAGCCGUGCUAAUGGUGGUCGGUCGCCCCAUAACCGGUGCGAUCGUGGUCCUGUACAUGAUUCUGUUGUCCUUGAUGAUUGCUUCUGGCGCAAUUCGCAGCCUGAAAAAUCUGCCCUAUUGGCUAACGACGGUGUCGACGGCGCUGCCAACUAGAUAUGCUUCUCUGGCGUUGAACCAGUUGGUCAUCGAUACGCCCAUCUUGUCCAAUCUGCCUUACAACGAGAGUUUUGCCUGUCCAGGCUCUGCUGAGUUCUGUAGAUAUCCCGAUGGUAAAACUUAUCUGAUAGAACGCUUCACCAAGGAGGGUGAAAACAUAUCCGAGGUGUUAAACGUGGACCUGAAUCUACUGAUUUCUUUAGCGUUCGCCGUCGGUCUCAUUAUACUGAACAGCGUUUUGUAUCUGUUGCCAUUACCCGCUAAAGUAAAGGCUAAAUUUAGAGAAUAAUAUGGAUAUCAAUUAUUAUAUUGCAUUGGCAGUCAAAUAUUGAUAUUUAAAGCUGACUGAUCCACUAUAUAUAUAAAUAAUUUCAAUUUUCAAUGUAUAUAAAAUUGUAAAUAACAUAAAAAUUAAGAUUAAUAUCAUAUGAUCGAGAGAGAAAAUAGAAACAUAUCAAAAAAUGUUAAAAAUUUUUAUUGUGUAAGAUAUAUAUUACAAAAUAUUUCAUUUAUAUGCUUGUGUGCUACUUACAAUAUAGUGUAUGCAAUGUAAUUUAAUAUGACUUUACUUGCUCACAAUGUGACAUACACAUUGUAUAUAUAAAUUUUUCGUUUUCAUAAUUACAUAAUUACAAAGAAAACCAUAUACAUUUGUAUAUGUACAUUUAAAAAACAAACAUCUCGUAUAUAAUAAUGCAAUUAACAUAGAUAUUUAAUUUCAUUAAUUAUAACAAUUAUCUACUAAUUUAAAUGUUACAUUAUAAUUACGUGAGAUACUGGCAUAUAUAAAAAAACAGAAAUAUUACAAGAUCAUUAAUAGUAAGCAUAUUUAUAAGGACAUUAAUAGAAAUCAAAAACUUA